AACCUAGAACUACCAAAAAGAUUUAUUUUAAGUUUUCAUCAUCCUUAAUAAGAAUAACGAAAAAAAUACGAUAAAAAAAUGACCAUGAUAUAAGAUUCUUACAGUACUGUGGUACGAUGAUAUCAAUCGGCGUUGUUGCUGCAUUGAUACUCCUGCGCUAAGCUUCUAUCAUUCCUAUGUGUAUGCUGUUGUAUGACAGCUGUAAAUGGCUGUAAACGAUAGGUAGGCGGGUAUCAGGCAUGUUAUAAGAAAUACAGAGAAUGAUAAUAAUAAUGCUGAGCGACAGGAAAUCCGAAUCGGGACGGCAGCGUCUGGUAUAGUCGGAGAAAGAGACUUGGAAUUUUAAGUAUACGAAAGCUAUGUGUCCUGCACUAUUGGAGAACGAGGAGCGAUGCCUGGGCGGCAUGACUUUUUUUGCGCAAAGUCAUCCGGUGGAGGUAUGUGGCAGCAAUGGUCUGCCACUCACACCGAAUUCCAUAACCAUCUAUGGGAAGGCACAAUUUUUGAAGACUAUCUAUCACCCUCAUCUUUCUCCCUAUCUUGAUAUAAUUAGAAGCAAGCAUGAGAGGAUUGUAGUUGUUGCGGAAUACAGCGGAAAUCCAUUGAGUACUAAACAUGAUCUAAACACAGAGGAGAUCAUCAAAAUAUCUUUUCAGUGUCUCUUAGCACUGCGGCAUAUGAAUGAAUUAGAUCUAGUACACAGGCACUUGAGUUCAGAUAAUAUCCUGAUUAAGAAAAAUAGUGAUGUCCAGUUAUACAAUUAUGGAUUGUAUUACAUGACAGAUGGAGGAAAGAAUGUAUCUUUCCCAAUUGGUUAUCCAAAGUACACUGCACCGGAAGUGUUUUUGAACCCUAGUCCAAGUGGUGUCAAGAUAGAUUCCUGGUCUCUGGGAAUGAUCGUAGCUGAGCAACUAUUAGGACAGCCUAUCUGGCCUGGUGUAAAAUUAUCCCAGUGUUUAAGAAAAGUUUUGAGCUUAAUAUUAUGUGAAACCAGCAUAUUCGAACGUCUUGCCAGAGAAAACAAUUGUUUUCAAGUUUACGAAAAGUUACCAAGGGAACUAAAGGAAUUUGUAGAUUCAUGUCUACAAAUUCAUCCUACCAAGCGCAAGACUCCAGCGGAAUUACUGGAACUACCGAUAUUCGCGGAGCAUUUAAUGAGAAAUGUGCAGGAGAAGGAAGAAAAUCUCUAUAAGAAUGUUAUUGUUAGAAAAAUGGAUGAGUUGUAUUAUCUAUGGCAAUUGGCCGGUGGAGAUAUUACAGUAGAGCUAAAAAAGCAGAGUCUCAUUAGAUCAAGACCACCUAUCUUAUCUAUUCCAAACUUAGUCAUACUACUGGGGCAAAUGUUUGGUCAGAGAGACACCGCUAGUCUACUCGAUGUAAGGGUCGUUAAAGUUCCUCUGGAAACUCUUCGCCAGCGUUUAGCCCAUAUCCCUUACAUAGCAAAUUAUCCUUGGUUGACAAAUCAAAUGCGGGUUCAAGCGCAGGAAGAUUUGACAAACGCUACAUCUCAAUUGCCCUUAAUCAUAAGAGAACGCGAUACGGAAUAUCAGUUUUACAGGCUCGUCCUGUUCGACAGACUUUUGCAGGCUUAUCCGCUCACUCAGGAGGCAAUUAUCGAGGAAGCACACAAGGAUAUACCGCCUCCGGUUAGAGGUGCCGUAUGGGCGGCUUUGCUCGGUAUCACUGGUGACAUACAGAAACGUUAUGACAUGAUUGAUAAGGAAACGCCCACUCACACUGAUCGGCAGAUAGAGGUGGAUAUACCGAGAUGCCAUCAAUAUAGCGAAUUAUUGUCAUCCGGCGCUGGGCAUGAACGACUGCAAAGGUUGCUAAAAGCGUGGGUCAGAAAUAAUUUACAUUACGUUUAUUGGCAGGGUCUAGACUCGCUGACAGCGCCGUUUCUUUACUUAAAUUUUAACAAUGAAGCUCGAGCUUUCGCGUGUUUGUCAACGUUUAUACCGAAGUAUCUUCACAAGUUCUUCCUGAAAGACAACUCGGCGGUAAUACAGGAAUACUUGGGAAAAUUUUCUCAAAUCAUUGCGUUCCACGAUCCCCAGUUGGCAAAUCAUCUAAAAUCUAUAAAUUUCGUACCGGAACUCUUUGCUAUACCAUGGUUCCUAACAAUGUUUUCACACGUAUUUCCGUUGCAUAAGAUAUUGCAUCUGUGGGAUAAAUUAUUGCUGGGAGAUUCAUCGUUCCCUCUCUUGGUUGGAUUAGCAAUAUUGAAACAACUGCGAGAUUCCUUAUUAAUGUCAGGUUUUAACGAAUGUAUUCUUUUGUUCUCCGAUCUGCCCGAGGUUGAUAUAGAAUUGUGCGUUAAGGAUUCCAUGACAAUGUAUCAGAAUACACCCGCUAGUAUUACAUACAGAAAACACCAAUACAAUAUAGCGAAGCAGGAUGUCAAUUGGAUUGAACCCGAAACGGGAACUGAAAAGAUGCCAAGAAUUAGUGUAGAUGACUUUUUAAACCUCUACAACAACUCGCCGAGCAAAGUCAUAGUAGUCGACGUACGUAAUAAUAUACAAUUUGAGAGAGGCGCUAUUCUCGGCAGUAUUAACAUUCCAUUCACAAGUGUGCAAUUGUCUCAAACUCACAUUGACACACUCGGGCCACAUGCAAAACCAUUGAUAGAUAAUAAAAGCAGUGUCGUCGUAAUUAUUGGACCCCACGAUCAAAACAACGCGUUGUUUGCAGAUUUUCUGGUAAAAUGCAAUGUCAUAGGAGUCUGUUCUCUUCAAGGCGGAAUUAAUGCGUUACGUUCCAAAUCUCCGAAUAUCAUAGUACCUGCACGCUAAUUGAAUUACGUAAUUGAGUUACUAUAGACAUAAUAAUACUCAGAUUUAUUCAUCGAUACAGUACAAUUAAUGUUAUAUGACUUUUAAAACAAGUAUAACGAUCUUGUAUAAUUUUGUUAUAAAAGGUUUCAUUGUA